AUGCCCGAGUUUCAGCAUGGUCUCUUUGGUUGCUUUGACAACAUCGGCCUCUGCUUGAUCACCUACUUUGUACCCUGCUAUACCUUUGGGAAAAAUGCUGAAGCAGUAGGAGACUCGUGUAUUCUAUGUGCCCUAGCAUACUUUGUACCCAUACUGGACAUAGUGGCUCUGGUUCAGGUGAGAGGGAAGAUUAGAGCUUCUCGCAACAUUGAAGGAAGCUGCAUUGGAGACUUUUUUACUGUUAUCUGCUGCCAUCUGUGUGCUUUGGUUCAGGAAGCCCAGGAGGUGCAGUCUCCAGGGAUGCAGCACAUGGCUAGAAGUUAA